GUGUGGGGCUGGGCGGCGUCGCGUUUGGAGGGCCGAGACCAUGGCUUCUUGGGCCGCUCUUUCGCCCAGCAUCGUGGAGUAUUUCGAGGGCGAGGACUUCUACCGCUGCGGCUACUGCAAGAAUGAGUCGGGCAGUCGCUCCAAUGGCAUGUGGGCACAUUCCAUGACAGUACAGGAUUAUCAGGAUCUUAUAGACCGAGGAUGGCGAAGAAGCGGGAAAUAUGUGUACAAACCUGUCAUGAAUCAAACAUGUUGUCCUCAGUACACAAUACGGUGUCGACCUUUACAGUUUCAGCCAUCAAAAUCUCACAAGAAGGUUUUGAAAAAAAUGUUGAAAUUUCUCGCUAAAGGGGAAAUUUCCCAAGGACAUUGUGAGGAUGAGCCCAUGGAGCCUACCGUGGAGGAUGCCGUUGCUGGUGACUUUGCGUUAAUAAAUAAAUUGGAUAUACAGUGUGACCUUAAAACGCUCAGUGAUGACCUCAAAGAGAGCUUAGAGAGUGAAGAGAAGAAGAAAGGAAAAAGCUCAAAGAAAGAAGAAUCUAAUGAAUUAAUUCAGUCGCGAGAAAUAGAAAAGAAGUUGGGCUCUGGUGAACCAUCACAUUCAGUUAAAGUGCAUGCAGUUCCUAAGCCAGGCCAAGGGGCAGAUUUGAGUAAGCCUCCAUGUCGAAAAGCAAAGGAAAUCCGGAAAGAAAGGAAAAGGUUAAAACUCAUGCAGCAGAACCCAGAUGGAGAACUUGAGGGUUUCCAGGUUCAACGGGAACCGCCAUCUUUGUUCCCAGCGAAGGCUAAAUCCAACCAACCCAAAUCACUUGAAGAUUUAAUUUUUGAAUCUUUACCAGAGAAUACAUCACACAAGUUAGAGGUGAGGGUGGUGAGAUCAUCUCCACCAAGUUCUCAGUUCAAAGCCACAUUUCAGGAGUCUUACCAGGUCUAUAAACGUUACCAGAUGGUUAUUCACAAGGACCCACCUGAUAAACCAACUGUGAGCCAGGUGAGGUUAGUGCCUGUCUCCUUUGAGGACCCAGAGUUCAAGUCGUCCUUCAGCCAGUCAUUUUCUUUAUAUGUCAAGUAUCAAAUGGCCAUACACCAGGAUCCGCCUGAUGAAUGUGGGAAGACUGAGUUCACAAGAUUCCUUUGCAACUCACCUUUGGAGGCAGAGAAUCCCCCUAGUGGACCAGAUUGUGGUUAUGGCUCUUUUCACCAGCAGUAUUGGCUUGAUGGAAAGAUCGUUGCUGUGGGAGUGAUUGACAUCCUUCCAUACUGUGUAUCAUCUGUAUAUUUGUACUACGAUCCUGAUUAUUCAUUUCUGUCUUUGGGUGUCUACUCUGCACUCCGAGAAAUUGCAUUUACUAGGCAACUUCAUGAGAAAACAUCUCAACUCAGCUAUUAUUAUAUGGGUUUCUACAUUCAUUCAUGUCCUAAGAUGAAAUAUAAGGGUCAGUAUAGACCUUCUGAUUUGCUGUGUCCUGAGACAUAUGUGUGGGUACCCAUUGAGCAGUGCCUGCCUUCGCUUGAGAACUCAAAGUACUGCCGUUUCAACCAGGACCCAGAAGCAGUGGAUGAAGGUCGCAGUAAGGAACCUGACCGACUGCAGGUGCUUUACAAGAAAGCCAUAAUGCCUUAUGGCGUUUAUAAGAAGCAACAGAAAGACCCGAGCGAGGAGGCCACUGUGCUGCAGUACGCCCGCCUGGUAGGGCAGACGUGUUCCGAACGGAUGCUGCUGUUCAGAAACUGAAACAGCUCAGCUCACCCUCUGCCCAGGCGCUCCUGCGUUGUGCUGAUGAUAUGUGCCACGGUAUAGGUUCAUUACCCUGGGGAAAUUCCGUAACCAUACACAAAUUAGACUUUUUUAUUUUAACUGUUACAUGGCUUUUCUAAAAUAUUUUGUGGCAAUGUAUUGUGAGAAUCUCAUGACUAAAGAUUUUAAAAAUGUGUUAUAACCUAGCCUCACAAUUGGAGUUUAUCAUUUUGGAAGUUUGUUUUAUGAACAAGAUAUGGUAAACUUCUCUUGUUAAUAUUUUGGAAAGUAAAAUUAAUAAGUGAAUCAUAAGUGAUUUAAAUCACAGUUGUGCUUUUUGUUCUGUUACAGAAAUUAAAACAGACUGUUUCCUCAGAUCUACUUAAAACAUUAGUUUAAGCAAAAAACCUGAAGUGUGAGGAAGAAGGUGGGAAGUCUGUUUCAUCACUUAGAAAAUGUCUUCUUUUCUAGAGAACACAAGCGUGCUGUUACUGAGUGUUCCAUGUUAAAUUAUUGCCAAAUGUUAUAUUAUGUAGUUUAAUAGAAAACUCAAAAAAAGAAAACACAAACAUUAGAAAAAGGAUGUCAUGUUAACAUGGGACAUCUGUUUACCAGGACAGUCCUAUUCAUGUCUGUUGUCUUGGCGUGAUUAUUUUUCUUAGAAUAAUUAUUAUUAGUACUCCCUUUUACUCUCAAAAGUAUCCCAGUAUGGACAAUAAAAUAUGUGAUUACCCUAGUUGUAUCUUAUAUUAUUUGCCCUGUUUCUAAAAAUCUUAAGAAAUUGAGUUUUUUAAGGAAAAUGUUGGCUCCUGCCUUGACCUAAGCCCCAUCAAAAUUAAAUAUACACUAAUUUUUCAUUCCUUAGAACUCAGGACACUUGUCUUUGGUUACUGAUUAAAAAUUAGUUGAUAUCUGACUGCUUUUAUAGCUCUGCUACAAAUGACA